AUUGAAAUUUGGUCUACAUACGUAUGAACGAACUGUUUCUUGCAACCGACCCUGUCAACUAAAACCGACUUCUAAGCUCUUUAAGUGACGUCGAACUAUACAACGGAAACUUUGAGUCAUCACGCACCUCUAAGCCAUCUACAAUAUAACUUAUUACCGACUGAUCUUCAAAAUGACCCUGUGCUGCAAUUUUUCGCAUUUGGAGAACAUUUUCAUAGAAAAUUUCAGACGCGCGUUUUUCGCGGUUUCUUAGCGUUUUAUGAAUUUUGGCACUACUCAACUAUAUACCGAAUUGGUCCAUUAACUUUUCACACAAAUCUAUGUUUCAUAGUUCAUGUUCAUGUUCAAAACUAUGUUAUAUACUGCCACAGUUUCUAGGAACCAUUUAGCUGUUCCACUCACUUUGUUCCUAGGGUCGACGCAUUUUUGCAUUUCGUUAAGAUCAUAAGCGUCUGGGGUUUCGUCGAAAUUUACCAACCAUUGCCUAAUGGGGAUUAGGACAACGUCAAUACUUGAAACCACGUUUUUUAUUAAUUCCACACUUUUUUAUUUUUUAUAAAUCGCGCGGGAUCCCACGGCAAUACCUCCCGCCCAACCGACCGAGGGGCGCCGAUGUGUGUCGUACGGCAAGAAAUCGCGAGAUGAUUUACGCGUAGAAAAAUAAAGUUGUAGUUCGAGGAAAAAAAGUAGGAUCUAAUACUGUGCUAGAAAAUGUAAUAUUAAUCGUUUUAAGAGAGGCAGUCUAACGAUCUAUUAUAGUCAGAACAUAAUACUCUGAAAGGUUCAUGCAAGUAAUAGUUAGAUCUACAAUGAUUUAAAAUUAAGGGAAAGUACUUUAUUGUUGGUCUGCAUUUUCACAAUCAUUCUUAUAAAUUUUGCUAAACCUCAUCGAGUAAAGACGUGCUAUCAGCAGAACUCCGCGAGUACCAGCAGUUACAAAUACAAAGUUCUAACAAUUUGUGUAAACACAAAUAAGUGCUCAAAGAAAAUUUCGAAAAAAACCCAAUAACAAAAAUAAUAUCGCAACCGUUACAAACGCGCACAAGUGCCUUGUGCAGCGGGCGGCAACCCAGGUACAACAACAAUGCGUCGACCACCGGACUUAGACUUGCCCCGUCUGUCUACAAGAACAGCACUAUUCGAACCGAAAUUUCUCACGAUCACCAGAACGGACAAUGAGACAUUUGAAAAAGUAUCACCAUUCGUGAUUAAAAAGGUCAUUGACUUCACCUGCGAUGGCGAAGUGGAGUCUUGUAACAAGAAUAGAAACGGAACCUUGUUAGUUAAAACCAAAGGCGCAAACCAGGCAUAUAGAUUAUUAAAGCUAACGCAAUUCCACAACUUCACUGUUUCCGUAACUGAGCAUGAAAGUCUAAAUUUCUCAAAAGUAGUCAUCUACUCUUAUGAACUUCGCAACAUAGAUGAAUUGGAUAUACUAAACGAGCUUAAGUCGCAAAAGGUAACCAACAUUGAAAAAAUAUGUAUCAUGAAGAACAAAAUUCUACAAGAAUCAGGACUCAUAACCGUCACUUUUGGAUCAACAACUCUACCCGAAACCUUGAUGAUAGGAUACGAGAGAGUUAGAGUUCGACCACAUAUUCCACGCCCACUGAAAUGCCGUAACUGCCUGAAGUUUGGACACCCGACCAAAUUCUGCAGAAGCCACAAAACCUGCUCCAACUGUUCCGCAGAAGCACACACCACAGAGGACAUCGAAUGCGACAAACCUAAGUUUUGCAUAAACUGCAUGUAUGACAUAAACAACCAGUUCAAUCACAGCCCACUAGAUAAAAUAUGCCCCGCCUUUAUUAAACAAAAAGAAAUAACAACAAGAAUAUAUAAUAUGCGCCACAUCCAUCAAUCAACUCCGUACUCCAAGAUAACGUCCACCAAUCAACCAACGACCACUGUAAGCGAAGCCCAAAAGACUGCCAGCACCCAAGCACCUACCAGCACAAGCACCAACCGUCAGUUAAGGUCAUACACCGACAUCAUGGAUCACCAACCCACCACUUCGUCCAAACGCACCGUCAUUGAAGAAAUGGAGACUGAGAUUUCAUCAGAUUCCACUACGACCCUCCCAAAGAAGAAGAUGACUGAAUCCGACCAUGGAUCCAAGUCUGGGCACGGAGUAUCUUAUAGCAUCACUACGGACACACGCAUCAUUAAAACAGCACUCCCACAUAGCUCUGUCUUCACGGCAGAAGUGGCAGCUAUUUAUGCAGCGUGCGAUUACGCUGUAUCACAAAAGAAGAGAUUCGUCAGUUGCUCGGACUCACUAUCGUCACUGCAAUCAAUAGCCAACAUAAGCAACCAAUCCUUCUACACCGCUCGAAUCAGAGAUAUUCUCAACAGUCACCAGUCGUACAUAAAAUUAGUGUGGAUCCCAGGACACACAAACAUAACUGGAAAUGACACAGCUGACGCAGCUGCCAAGGAAGCUCACUUGUUUCCACACCUCUACGAAAACAAUUACAACUACAAGGUCACACAAUUAUUUAUCAAACAGAAUUUCAAAAAACAAUUCGCAUCUCUAUGGGAAAAUACUUCAGACCACUAUAAACUUAUAAACCCCAACAAACUAUCUCUAAAAAAUUACAACAUUAAAGCAAACGAUAUUAACCGCCAAGACUUGGUUAAGUUUUCAAGACUAAGGCUAGGACACUCCAAGCUCACGUACGAACACAUAAUAAACAAACAAGCAGCACCGCAAUGUGAGCGCUGCAACACAUCGAUCACCAUCAAACACAUUCUCCUAGAAUGUCCUCUCUUUCUAUCGGUAAGAAACCAAUUCCUACCCUCAAACCCGUCUGAACUCCUUACCCCCAACACCCCCAAUAUCAUAGCUUCCAUGAAUUUCUUAAAGGCAAUAAAAUUAUACCAUGUAAUUUAAAACCUAGACAUAGUCUAAAUGUAAAAAUGUAAAUUGUAACAUAACAAACGUAGCUUAAGGCCACAGUAGCUAUAGCUACAAUGAAAAGCAUAGGCUAUAGGUAAUUUCUCAAUUGCCUUUUAGCCUGAGAAUAAAUAAA